AUGUUUGCUAUGCAGGCAGCUUUUCGGUCUAACUGCUGGAGGGCAGCACGGCUACCCCGUGUUCGCUGUUUGCAUGACCUUAAUAAACACCCUCAAAGCAAGUUCUUGCAGGUAUCAGAAGAAGUCCGUGAUGCUGUCGCGACAGGGAAGCCCGUCGUUGCGCUUGAGACGACCAUUUAUACUCAUGGCUUCCCAUAUCCCGACAACGUUGCUCUGGCGUCGCUGUUGGAAUCUGUCGUUCGAGUGAACGGCGGUGUUCCUGCGACCAUUGGAAUUAUCGGCGGUGUUGCAAAAGUUGGCAUGAGUGCAGAAGAAAUUAUAGAGCUGGCCUCUACUGUGGAGAAUGCCUCCGCCUUGAAGGUUUCCCGCCGAGAUUUGGGGUACAUCUGUGGCAUGGGCCUGGCUGGAAAGCGUAUUCAUGGUGGAACCACAAUCUCGGGCACCAUGAUUCUCUCUGAGCUUGCAGGAAUCAAGAUCUUCGGGACUGGUGGCCUUGGUGGUGUCCACCGUGGAGGAGAGAAUUCAAUGGACAUUUCUGCUGAUCUCACUGAACUGGGCCGAACCCCUGUGACGGUCAUUAGCUCCGGUUGCAAGAGCUUCCUGGAUAUUCCUAGGACGCUUGAGUACCUUGAGACCGAAGGUGUCUGCGUCGGUACCUUUGCCGAUGGACGUGAGGGAUCCGUCGACUUCCCCGCGUUCUUCACGCGAGACAGUGGCUUCCGCAGCCCGCGGACUAUCCAAAAUGAGGCCGAGGCUGCUGCUAUCGUCUAUGCGCAAUCUAAACUCCCCGUCAUGUCUGGCAUCCACUUCGCCAACCCCGUCCCCUUGGAAUCAUCAGUGUCUAAGCCCGAGAUGGAUCGUAUCAUUGAAGAGGCUGUCCGUCUCGCCAAUGUAGAGGGCUACCAUGGUAGCGAUAACACUCCAUUUGUUCUAGCUAAGAUCAAAGAGCUGAGCGGCGGAAAAAGUGUGAUUGCAAACCGGGCUCUAAUUGAAAACAACGUUCAGCGCGCUACACGAGUCGCCGUGGAGCUUGCUAAGCUCGAGGAACAAGACCGAGAAUAUGCGGCUCGACACAUGCCUGCAAUCCCAAACAUUGUCCAGCCAAACCAUGAUACCGCCAAGCCCCAAGACGCUUUCAAGGCUGCCCAGCCCGCAGCUCCUCCGCAGGUUGAAAUAGCAGAUGUCAUGGUUGCUGGCUCUCUCGCCAUUGAUCUGUCCUGUGACUUUACGCCAUUCCACAAUGAACUGGCCUUAAUCGCACCCGUGCCUCAUACGUCCAACCCAGCCGUCAUCGGCCAAAGCCUUGGAGGCGUAGGCCACAACGUCGCCCUCGCAGCUACCUACGUCGGCAGUGACGUUCUCUUCUGCAGCGUUGUAGCCGACGACUUAAGUGGCCGCGCAGCACUGGCAUCGCUCGAAAAAGAAGGCCUCAGCACCGCAGGUGUUCAAGUCCUUCCCUCAACACCAGGAACACGCACUGCCCAAUACGUCGCCAUCAAUGAUGCCAAAAAAGACCUCGUCGUCGCGAUGGCUGACAUGGGCAUCGUCGAGCUCCCAGAACACCGACUCGACUUUGACGGCUUCUGGGAGCCUUUAAUGGAACGCACCAAGCCCGCCUGGGUCGUCGUCGACGCUAACUGGCACCCAGAGGUUUUGAAAAAAUGGAGCACAAUCGCUCGCAAGCACGGUGCUCGCGUCGCAUUCGAGCCCGUUUCAACAGCGAAAUCCCGCCGUCUCUUCGGUCGCGAUGCUACCGGUACAUGCGCGACUAUUGGUCCAGAACAAGUAGUUCCCAACCACACCAUUAGCCUCGCCUGUCCGAACCGCCUGGAGCUGACCUCAAUGUAUGCCGCGGCGCGUGAGACAGACCUCUUCGAGUCCCGAGGCUGGUGGGCCGUCAUCGACGCGAUGAAUCUAUCCCCAACAGGUUCUCGCGAGCGUCUUGUUUACGUGACAUCCGCUGCGCUCGUCGACCAGGGAAUUCCGCAACAAUCAAUCCAGCUCCUUCCCUUCAUCCCAUGCAUCAUCACGAAACUUGGUGAAUCUGGCGCUCUUCUAACUCAACUCUUACCCCCUGGUGAUCCCCGUCUCACGGACGCAGAGUAUGCGCCGUAUAUCCUUGCCCGCGCACAGGCUUCCGACGCGCCUUUCGGUGGUGUUUAUAUGCGGUUGUUCCCUCCGGCUGUGAACUUGGAUCCUGAGGAUGUAGUUAGUGUGAAUGGAGCUGGUGAUACACUUCUUGGGGUUACGGUGGCUGGGUUGGCGAAGAAGGGUGAUGCUGCGCGCGUUGAGGAUGUGAUUUCUGUUGCUCAGGAGGCGAGUCGGAGGACGUUGACUAGUGCUGGGGGUGUGAGCCAGGAACUGGUUGGUCUUCGGGGUACUAUGGGGCUUUAG